AGAAAUCAGCUCCAUCGCCAUGAAGGCAAUCCUCAUUGCUGCUGUCAUCACAGCCCUCGCCGUCGAGGCUGUAGAAUCUCUGGGCUGUGUGCAGUAUAAUUCAUGGAACACCACUAAUGCCAACAGCAAUGCUGCCUCUCCAUGUCCCCAAGAAGCCAACAUCAGCUGUACCAGCUCCUUGAUGAACUCGACUCUAGGGGGAACCAGGCAAGAGUACGUGGACAAGUCCUGCUCUGCAGAGCAGUGUGACCUCAAGGAGAAAGUGGUUGCAGCCUUCACUGUCCAAGUGUCCGAUGAAGACCUCUUCCAGUUUGCAAGCCUGUGCUGCACAGAUGAAGGGUGUAACACCAAGGAUGCCUCGGUGCCUCCAAUGGAAAACAUAUCCAGGACCGUGGAGUGCCCUGCUUGUUAUGGAUCUGAUGAAGCUUCCUGUAGUGGGCAAGCCCGGAAAUGUAAUACAGAAGAACGGUGUGUCAGUCUAGUUGCCGAGUUCAGUAACGGGAGCGCGUCUGAGAUCCUUGUGCUGAAAGGCUGUUCGAAUGUCAGUAACGAGACCUGUGUGUACUUGUCUGCUGCAAACCGGACGGUUGGAGGAAUUGUCUUCCGAAACUUUGAGUGCUCCAACAGCACCCUGAGUAACCUCACCAGCCCAUCGCCCACCACUACCACCACUACCACCACUUCCAACACAUCCAAGUUCUCUUUCACGCCCGUGGCCCUCGCCAGCCUCCUUCUGCUAGGGCUGCUGCUCUGAGAUCCCGAACUUCUUUCCACCCAGUGCCCUGUUCCACCACCGCUCCUGUCUGCGGCCUGCUCUAGCCGCUUGCUCAGAGGCUUCCAAAAGGCUGGCACCCCUCAUUGUUCUUCAUUAUUAAAGCUUUGGUUCAUCUGCUGGCCAAAUCUGUCCUAAUAAGUUCCAGGCUUCAUUGGAGCCAGUCCCUGGGUCCAUGACCCAGUGCGGAAUCCAUGCCUCUGAAAUCUGUGCACAUCUGCGUCUGGGUUCUGAGGACCCCCAUGUUCCUUGCCCUCCAUGCUUCUGUUAAGCCCAUCUUUGACCUUGCUGUCACCUUCUGCUUCCAGCCCUUCACCUCUGGGGACCGCCGUGCUGCGGUUGCCCCCUUCUUCCCCAGUGCACAUGAGGUGUCCUUUUUUCUCCAGUGUUGAUGUCCCAGUAAUGCCCUGUAAUGCCCAGUUUUGACUCCAGCUCUGAUACAGACACUACAGUUACCCUUCAGCCUUGGGAUAUUGAUAUCCUGACUCUUCAAAAAUUGUCCUGGCUGUCGUAAGAAGCCUACAGUGAGUGAUGAUGACAGGAAUGCCAAGAACUCCAGUGAUCCCAGUCAUCCCAAGUUCCUAUCACCAAGUGAGCCCAAAGCAGUGUGCAGAGGGAUUGCUGAAGGCUGGCAAGCUCCACUGCCUAACCUCUCCAGGCAGGAAAUCAAGUGAGACAGCAGA